AUGGAAGUACAAUGGCUUAGUGUCUACUUAUUCUUUGCUUUCACUCCUAGUCUUAUAUAUUCUCAGCCUUAUUCCUUUAUCACUGAUCCAUCAGAUGAUACUCAACCAAUAUAUGCAAUAGCUGAAGAAGGACUCACUGUCUCCUUAUACUGCCAUGUCACCAAUGAAGGAGCUGGUGCAAAUGGUCAGCAAAUUCAAAGUCUGUGGCAGUCUAAAAGAACUAUAGAUGACAGUUUUACUCAAGUAAUAUUUAACUCAUCUGGUAUUUCAAUAGAACCAGAUUACCUUGUGGGUAAUAUACAAGUUUUUGGAGACUCACUUGGAAUAUUUGGAACAUUUCAAGUCAAUUUCACAAUAUUAAAUUUUACAAUUGACAUUAAUUUGAUAUCAUUUAAAUGUGGACAACCAGAUGCUGAUACAACUCAAUUCACAAUAGGAUUACCAGUUAUUCCAUCUCUACUGAUAAAUGUACCAGUUCAAACAGUAACUGAGGGUGAGGAUAUCAGUACUGGCAGUCUACAACAGUUAGGAUCUGAUCCAUUCCCUCCAACUAUAACAUCUUCACAAUUAUUAUUAAAUAUUAAUCCUGUAUCUAGCACUGGAGUAACUGUGAAUGAUUAUAAUGUAUCAUUUACUAAUGUACAACGUAAUCAAUCUGGUAUAUAUACUCUAACUGUUAGUAAUGAUGCUGGAACUAGUAACACUACAUUUACACUCGAUGUACAAUGUAUUCCUUCAUCUCCAGUGAUUACUGGUACUGUGCCAUCUCCUGGUGUACUAGUAUUAAGAGUGCGUACAAUGUAUCCUGGUGAUACUAAUAUUAGGUUUAUUGUUAAUACUACUAACACAUCUGAUGGAUCUAUUAUAAGUUCUACUACACAUCAGUUCAAUGGUUAUGAGGCUAAUGAUAUUGUUAAUAUUAGUAUUAGUAUACCUAAUGGUGGGUUAGUAUCAAUCAGUAUAGUAACCAUCAAUCAAUAUGGUUCUUCAGAUGUUCUUACUCAUCCUCAAAUCUUUACUAUUGAUCCAAUAUUCAGCACUACUGUAUCUAUCAUUACUACAUCAGUUACUCCUAGUAUAUCAACUGCUACUGGUUCUAUUAUUGAUACUCCUACCACUACACCUCAAACUGUUGAUAAAUCAGGAUUAUCAAGUGGUGCUAUUGCUGGUAUAACAAUCAGUAUAUUUAUAUUACUGACAGUAGUUAUAAUACUCAUCAUUAUUAUUGUUUUACAAUGUCUUUGCUUGAGACAAAAAAAUAAAGCAUCUGCUGAUGAAAAAGAACCAACAGCCUUCAGUAAUAUAUCAUCAAUUCCUUCAGUGUCUAAUGAAGCAUAUGCAGCAGUUGAUUCAAUUGUUAAUGUACAAGAGAAUGUGGCAUAUUCUUUACCUGCAGGACACACCAUUACUGCAGCUAGUCCUCCUACUGGGUCAUCAACUGCUCCACCUGCUGUAUAUGAAACUAUUAAUUUUUAAAUAAUUUUAAAUCUAUGACAUGAGUGCACCAAAGUUAUGUAUUAGUCUAGUU